AUGAUCAUCAAGCUGUUCACAUGCUGCAGAAGCCUCAGAUCCAUUGGGUUGUACGUCAAACCCCUCUGGCCCAGCUUCGAUCUUGCGCGCUCAUACUUUCAGGGUCACUUCCUUCUAUGGCACCGGUACUUCACGGCAACCUACGAAAAGGCACUGAGGGAUGAAUGCGGAUAUACUGGAGGCCAACCAUACUGGGACUGGUCUCUGGAUGCCGAACCGCAUAACGAAUCAUCCUCCCGUCCGUUUGAUUCAGAAAUUUUCAACCCUGACACAGGUUUUGGCGGCAACGGCUAUCCUGUCGCAGCUACUCCUGCCCAAAAUCCCUUGAACAUUACAGGCAACACCGGUGGAGGAUGUGUAAUGAACGGGCCAUUCGCGCCUCCCCACUUCACAGUGAACGUGCCCACUCCACACUGCUUGAAACGAGACUUUGUUCCGUGGAUCGUCAAUCGAAUGGCAGACAAACGACUGGUCGACGAAGUCCUGGCACAACCGGAUUACACGAGUAUUGCAAGGACAGUUGAGAAGCAGCGAAGCUUUGAUCCUCCCAACAUUCAUGCCAGUGGCCAUUUUGGUAUCGGUGGCAUCCUGGGUACCAUGGGAAACGCGGCGGAGAGCCCUGGUGACCCACUCUUCUACCUCCAUCAUGGCAACAUCGACCGCAUCUUUUGGCAAUGGCAACAGAAAGAUCUCGAGACGCGUCUCAAUCAAGUCGGUGGGCCCAUUACGCCUUUUGAUUACAGCGGCAAGAACGUUACUUUGGACUUUACCAUCAACAUUGGCUUGUUAGCAGGGAAUGCCACGCUCAAUGACCUGUUAAAUACAGAAGGAGGGACGCUCUGCUACACGUAUUAG